GCUCGUGUUAGUGUUGAUCAAGACGGCGGGGAGCGCAGCUGUGUAUGCUGCUGAGUGGGGGAGCAGGAGUCAAACGCACUGUCGACUGCUCAGCGGCAGGUGGUCUCAGACUUGACUAUCGAGCGACAGACAACUUGGUCGACGCGGGACAGGCCGUGAGGAAGGCACGGGUUGUAGGGGGGCAGCAGAGGAUAGAUGGAUGAGCUGCGAAAGAAAGUCCGAGUCGGUGUGGUAUGUAGAUGAAAGCACGAAAGCACGCACGAAAAGUGCCGAGAGCGGUCAAUCAAUUACAACACAGCCUCGUAGCUACAGGACCGCCCGAAUUCGAUGCCUUCGACUCUGGACAAGGGAAAAGCUGGCCGAUUCCACGACAUUCACAGCCUGAAGCAAGCCCAGUCCGCCGCCCCCUCUAGCCUCUCCACAAACUUGCGACACACAGGGGUAGAGCUACUGCUACUAGUUGAGCCCGUCUUCUAUUCUUGUUGCAUUUGCCCGCCUCUCGACAAGUCAUCUAGUAAUUCCUUCACCUUGUUCAAGUCACUCACGUCGAUACGCAUGCCUUUUCCUACAGACUUCAUGGUAGUUUCGUCUUCUUCAGGUCGAAACUUUGUUGUUGGUUGUGCUCUUGCAGCCGCGCUAGAGUCUGGGGAUGAAACAUCCACCACGUUGUACCCACGCAGUACGAUAAACAACUCCUUUCAUUCCACGCGCUUGUGCGACUCUAGUCUGCAGCAGCUUCUACUCCUUCUCUGUCUAAAUGCUACGCUAUGCAUACUAGGAUCCAAUCGGAUCAUAGGAACAUUCCUCAAACAACUCUCCCCGCCUGCCAAAGGGUAUAAUAUCCAAAACAAACAAAAAUAAACCAAUAAAAAGAUUUAUGCCAAAAACCUGGUCUCGUAUGAAGAAUGUGAACAAGAAACUUCGGUGUCGUGACACCGGUCAAAAUGAAUCGUCGUCUUGGUGGCUUUCUAUGCCAUCAACAGCGCCUGUGCCUUCUGCUUCUCGGCUGAGAUCGAGGCCUGCAGGCGGCGCAUCUGUCGUUGUGCUUCGUCCCUGUUC